AUGGGUAACGAAGAACAUCCUUCUCUGGACCAUACAGCGAUCUUGGACAGGGAGUUCUGCCUGAGGCGCAAAGGUGCAUGGUCGGAUUGUCCUUCGCUAGAGCCACUGUCUCUAAAAAUUAUUCAAGACGAAAUCAAUGACUUGAAAGUCCAGAUAAGCACUGUUUGUACAGAUGUUGAUGACGGCUUAAGAAAAUGGAGAUUGCAUACACAGAAUACACAUCCCCUCUCUAUGGCACCGAGAUUAUUGAGAGAUCAGCACAAUUGUUAUGGGACCAGCCAAGCAUACUGCAAAUUUCUAGAAAUUCUUCGCCGUUAUCCGCUGAUUCACUCCAGGAGGAGACAACUUCGAUCUUUUCACCUAUGCGAAGCUCCUGGUCAUUUCGUUACUUCACUGGAUCGAUUUUUGUGCACGUUUUAUCCUAAAAUGCACUGGUAUUGGGAAGCUAACUCGACGGUGUCAUGUGAUUUCUCAGAAAGCUUGUACUUGCACAUUGCUAUAAAAUAUGAAACUAAAGCAGUGCAAAGUUUGAACCCGCAUCAUGAGGGUACAAGUGCUUGUGAUAUGCUGCUUGAGGAUGACAUUAUACUAAGACAUCCUGAGCGUUGGCGCUUCGGUAAUGAUGGUUCCGGUGAUAUUAAAAAGUGGGAUGAUGACUAUUUAAAAUAUCUCGCCGGUGGUAGACAUUUUGAUCUUAUUACAGCUGAUGGCAGUUUGUACUCUCAGGAUAAUCCAGAAGAGCAGGAAUUAGUCACUCUACCUCUCUUCGAAGCUGAGCUAAGAAUAGCAGAACGGCUACUUGCAUUUCUCGGAUCACUUAUCGUUAAAGUGUAUACUAUGUAUUUGCCGGAGACUCGUGCGCUCAUUCAAGGGAUUGCCUCACAUUUUGAUGAUGUAUAUGUUUUCAAACCCAUGAGUAGUAAAGGCGGAAAUAACGAGAGAUAUCUGAUCUGUUUGGGAUUCCGUGGAUGUGAAACGAAGGUGUUGGAGCAGGAAGUAGCAGAAAAUGUUCUUCAUAAUUGCGAAAUAUAUUUCUCCAAGCUGCAGAGUUCAUUUAUAAAAGCAAAUUUGUUAACAUACAAUGUUAUCUCGAAGGAGGAACUAGGAGUAUAUCGUGAUCGCGUCUUUAGCGAGUUUCAUAGACGAGUACUUACGAAGUUUAUUUCAAGUCCAUCAAGGAAAUCACACCUAAGUGUGCAGAAGAUUGACCGUCCAUGGACAGACAUGUUCGGGAAGAAUUAUGUGGAAACACUACGUCAUAUUUCUGACAAACGAUCGGCUCUUCAUCAUCUGAGGAAGUUUCUCCAAGACGACUUCCUGACCGAACAUGAAGAAAUAUCAAGCACCGUGGAAGUGGAAUUCGCUGAAGACGAGCUAGAAUUCUUGGAAUGGGAUGAACAUCGACUCAUUGAAAAGAUGGUAGUGGUGAUCUGUCCAGUGAACUCUCAAAUAACUCACUCCCUUUUUAUUCCUCCUACCCUCCUUCGUGGUCUUCUUUACUGGAAAUCUGAGGCCAUCAUCGACUUGUGCACAUUUUCAAACUGUCAUUUUAAUGGACCUAGUCAAUAUGCUACGUCACUAGACUUUAUUGGAGAUGUGACUGUAGAUGCCUUUAAAAUGCGAUGUGACAAGGAUUGGCUUUUGGUUCUGAGCGGUAUCUUGGAUGGAGUUCAGAGAGAAAGAGUGAGACAGCUCGAAAUUUUAUGGUCAGCAUCGUCAGUACCAUUUGUGCUGUCGCGAUUUUCUGCAUCCGUUAUAACGAUGCUGUGCGUGGCAUUCUUUCAAUUUCAAUUGGGAGAAGGUCAAAAGGUGGCCUUAUUUUCGAAACCGAACUAUUCCGAGGACAUUCCAAGUAGUAUGGAAUCAUAUCUAGAGUCACUAUGUCGGUUAACCUGUGAAGACAGUUUGCAUUGCUUCGUUCCAUCGUCCCUGUUGGCAUUACUCCACCCUUACUUACUUGACUUCAAUCGACGGCAAUGGAGGCAGCUUCUAGGAAGUGAAAACUUUGGAAUUAAAUGA